AUGAACAUCACCGGAAAUGCUUUCAUCGUAGGGGGAAGCGGAAUAGGUAGAACAUGCGCUCUCGGCCUAGCCAAAGAUGGUGCAGUUGGCAUUCUCAUUGCGGACUUGAACGUUGAGGCCGCAAGCCGCGUCGCUGCUGAAUGUAGAGCCGUUGCAACAGCCGCUGGCUUUCGUGCCGAGGCGUGUCAGAUUGACGUCUCGCAGGAAGUAUCGGUGGUAAACGCAACCGGUUACAUGGUCGAAACCUUCAAGAGAAUCGACUACUGCAUCAACUGUGCAGGGAUCGGAGUUCAAUUGGCCCGGCCCAUAUCGGAGGCAGACUUUGUCGAGUUCAGCCGGUUCCUCCGUAUUCACGUAGAGGGAACAUUCUUGCUCAUACGAAGCGUCUCUAUCGUCAUGCAGUCUCAGGAACUCAAGCCGGUUGAUCCUGAAAGUCCGGGCCGAGGGGGGACUCGCGGUUCGAUUGUGACGCUGGGCUCGGGGAAUUCAUUUGCUGCAGCUCCUAACUUGGUGCAAUAUACGGCGGCCAAGCAUGCCGUGCUUGGUGUCACCAAGAACGCUGCUCUUGACAACGCGGGCCUGGGCAUCAGAGUCAAUUGCGUCUGCCCGACGUGGGUGGAAACUCCCAUGAUCCAGGAUGCCCGAGACGGGGGUGUGGACAUAGAUGGCUGGGUGAAGGGAAUGGUCCCUUUGGGUCGUAUCGCCACUGCGGAGGAGGUGGCAGAUGCGGUGAUCUUUCUCUGCCUCCGCCGCACUGUUCGACACAUCACCGGCCAUAACGCCGAGGGCAAAGGCGUCUUCAUCCAGACCGAUUGCGGUGACCAUCACCGUGUCAUUGGCAACGAGCAGGCGCUUGCCAACAUCAUCUACUCAACCAAGGAGACUCCCGUUGAGAUGAAUGGUGAUGUUGAUCUCAAAUAUGCCAAAGAGAAUGAACCUCCCCUGCACAUCCACAACGGUUCUGUUUGCCGCAUGAUUGACUUUGCACCCGACGUAAUUUCCCCCAUGCACCGCGCUGUCUCACUCGACUAUGGCAUUGUUAUUGAGGGCGAGUUCAAGCUGAUCCUCGACUCUGGUGAGUCCCGGAUCAUGCGUCAGGGCGAUGUCAGCGUCCAGCGCGCGAGUGCUCAUCAAUGGCACAACAUCACCGGUGGGGGCACUCUGCCGGGUCGCAUGAUGUGGGUUCUGCUCGACUGCAAGCCUAUCGUCGUUAAUGGCCAAGAGCUCAAGGAGGAACUGAAUGAGCUUCAGCCAUACUAUGAGGGUCGAUAG